AUGACUGUUUCGCGCCAGUGCGUCCGCAUUUCGCUCUUUCAGUGCGCGCCGCUCUCCGAUACCAGCGCCUACCAAGCGCAUCGCGCAUCUCAAGCAGACGGGAGGUCCGCGGCCAGGCAGCCUCUGUUUCGCAGCCGUUCGGCCGACUACCGCGGGGAUGUUCUGAUCCCCUUGGCGUCCAUCGCAUCGUCGUCUCUCCAGUCGGUGGAUCAGAAAACGGCAACCGUGAAGCUCCACGAGCUUCGCGACGGGCUUGAGGGCCGUUUAUCGAUCUACUGUGUACUGCAUGUGCCGGCUUCUCACACAAGGUCGUUUGUAGAGGAGCACCGGCUCAGUCCGUCGUCUGUGUCACUGACGCCGCCUACUGCCGGGUCGAGCGCGCCAGAGGACGUGCAGCUAAUCUUGUCCGCCGAUGAGGAGCAGAGCAGAAGCAGAUGUGAUGGGGCGCCGGUGUGCUUCGCCGGCAAGGCGCAGCUCCGCUGCUGCGCUAGCUGCUCUUCCUCGGUGGUCGCAGAGGCGGCGGCAAUCUCGAGCAAAGGCCCGACUGUCCUAGGCACCUCAUGUGCGCUGCCUGAAGCCGCGUCUAACGUCAACCCUAACGCACCAUGGAUUUGCAUCCACCAACUGCAGCGCAUGGCGGCUCGUGGCAGCGACGCGACUUCGCAGACGCCGUCGUCAUCAUUGCUGCAGGCAUCCUUCGCACCUCCACCGAGUCCUCCAGCCAUGCGGUCCGCAGACGAGUGGAUGCUGCAGCAGCAUGAUUCCACUGAUGUGUUUCUCACCGCGUCCGAGGCCGAAUCUGUGGGCGCCGUGGAUGCAGAGGAUGAUGGCGCAGAAGGCGAGGUGGAGGGCGGGGCGUGCUACGCGGCCUUUUUCAGUCUAGCGAUGCUCCCUGCAGAUGAGCGGGCAAAACGCCUCAUGCUAAGUCUCGCACGAUCUUCGGCGCCCGCCGCAGGAGCGACGGCGUCCAAGUCUGCUACUGUCUUCACCGUGCGCGCACACCACCACACUCUUCGCAUGGGUCUGCCGCAGCCGACGUCGCUCGACAAGGCUGAUGCAUCCAAGACGCUGCUGAGCCCACCAACCAUGCGCGAGGCCAUCAUAGACCGCUUGCGCUUGCAGCGCCGCGUUCACGUUGAGCGCCUCCUUGAUCCAAAGUCGGGGGCGGCAGUGCUGCCGUGCGAGAGUGCACCGAUGCUUCUCGCUGCACAGGUUGUGGCGCUGGAGGCUGAAUGCAGAGCUCCGCUGGUCGCGCAAAGGAAGCAGGAGGAGCAGCUUACGCAGCGACUGGCUCCCCGAUCGCCGUUGGAAGCGCAGCAACAGUCCUCUUCUGCACCCACCAAUGCCAGAGCUGGUGGUUCAAGCACAGAGACUGCAUCCGACCUCUUGGACCACCUGGUCAGCCCUCGCGCGCACCAUCACGGUGAUCAGUACUACUACGAUGGUGCCGAUGCCUGCGACUGGGCGGAACGGCGCACGCUUAUCUCACCAAGCGAGCUUCCGAGUGAGUCAGAGCUACGACUGAGCUUCACAGCGAGUCGAGGCUCCAGUCAAGUGCCGCGGUACUCCUCGACACGGCCUUCAACUGCUUCGUCUGGUGCAGCAUCAUCUGUGGUGUUGGUGGCGACAGAGAGCAGCAGUUCUCACCGCGUGCCACUCCCGCAGGAUGAUGACCUAUGGGCUGUGCAGACAGGGCCACCUGACGGUGUAGGGGUCACCGGCAGCUCAGCAGAAACGGAGGUUCCCAUGAGGAGGGAAAAUGGUACGGAUGGCCACGAGCACUACCACAACCGAAGCAGGAGGGUUUCCCGUGACCAGGGAGGCUCCACAGCCUUCUCCUUCAUGAGCGGAGAGGAGGCGACGGCGCCGCUGUCGCCCGUGGAGGGAAAACCGGAGGGGCUGCGCGACUCCUUGUGCGAUAUGAACGACGUAUUCAUCUACGAGGACGAGGAGACGGUCGUGGACGUCGACGCUGUAGGCACCGGGGGCACAGGUGAUGGGAGCAGCGGCGACCAGCGGCAGGAGCGGCGCAGCUCCCUGGUGUGGAGCACACCCGUCGCCCGCGGUUCCGGCGCGGGUAGGAUGCUCAGCGACACAGGUUUCAGUGCAACACCUUUGAUAUACCGGACGAGCACACGGCUCUCUCUCUCACCUCCCACAUCGCCGGUAGCCGUGCUGGGCAAAUCAGCGGCGACCGCGAUCAACGAGCAACCCACGCAGCGGAUGAUCUUCGCGACCUCGCCUUCCUCCACUGCAUCGCUUUUCCAGUCACGUCACAGCAGCACGUCUGUCGCGGACGAGGAGGUCACUGUAAUUGGCAACGGUGAUGACGGUGACGUGACGAGCGCGGGCGAGGUGCGCGAGAGCGAUGUGGUAGGGCAAGGUACGGGCGACACCGCACAUAAAUUCCUCAUGUCUGUGCCGAGGGCCUCCGCUGCACCUGCAGCUUCUGCCUCCUCGGCGAUGUCAACCACAGACAGCAGCCUUGCCGCCGCCCCACACAGCAGUAACAUGAGCAGUAGCGGUUCUGCAAGAAGCGAUCGUCCAUCGACGCCGUCUUGCGAGGCGACACCGUCUGUGCGGCGCAAGGUUGCGGCGGCCUCAAGCAGAGAAAUGCUAGCGGCACCACUGUCUCUCGUAGACAGCACUUCGUCAUCUGCGUUGCCGUCACCUUGCCCGCAUAAGCCGAGGCAUGCAGCUGCACCAGCGCAUUCGGACGAGCAGACGACGCUCAUGGCGCCCUGCUCCCCUCCGCCGCCGUCGAGAAGCUGCACCUCCAAGCAUGAGCUUCGCAGCCACCUUCACAGCCUGAACCCUCUUGCCACCCAGAGCAGCAGUGAGCGUGUAAGUCAAGGAGCGCCGCUGGUGGCCGCCCAGCGAUCCAUCGAUGGAUGGGAUGUCAAAAAUGGCGAGAACGCGGUGUGCCAUGGUCCUGAUGGCUGCAGUUCUAGCGAACGAAAGCGUGCGCGCGGGCGGGAGACGAUCGUACUGGAUUCCACCGAUGCCCGUCCGAUGGCGGUGCCAAGGAUGGAUGGGGCACAUGCCGCGACGGUGUUUUCUUCCAUGACCUCUGCAGGCGGCAGCGACGACGCCCACUCCACCAACAGCUCCGUCUCGACGCCCUCGACCACCGUCGCCACGAGACCUGUGCGCAUGCGCUCUCCGAUCAUCUUAUCACCAGAGGAACUACGCCGCAUGGCGCUCGACAUGGCCAUCUCCGUCGCAACCCAGACAAGAUCUUCUUCCAUGAGGCACCCCUUGGAACGCACUGUAGAGCUCGAGCUUGACGACGCCUCCGAGGCCUCUAACGACAUGCCCGGUCAUUACGGCUAUGGCAGCUACGUUGCGUCGUAUACGCUGCCGUGCAGCGACGGCUGGGAUGACCUCGAGUGCGACGAUGGAUGGAGCCACGGCUCCCAGCACUCCUCCAGCCGUCGCUCUCACAAGGCGAGGCCGACACAGUACUGUCAAAGCAUGGUGUUGCAGUCCGCAUCGCAGUCGUCUCGUCGGCAGGGCGCUGCUCCGCCCGUCGUUGCGACGACCUCAGAAGAAGCGGCGGCCUCGAUGGAUGCUGCACACCACCUGAACUGCACAAAGCCCCGUCGCUCUUUGUCGUUCCCCGCAUCAGGCCUGGAAACGUGGAUCCGCUUCACCGACGAUGACAGCGGUGGUUCGGAGAGUGACGCAGAUCACCACAUGCUCGUGACGCAGCAAGUGAUCCCUGUGUACUCCACACGCAGUAACUCCUCUGCGGAGAGUGACGGUGGCGGCAGCGCAAGUGACGGAGACGACAGUGAGCGCGACACCGAUCACACCUAG